AUGUCAAAACAUGCAAGCUUGUACGAGCUAUCGACGCCAUUGACGACAUCAGCUACAACUAGAGGCGAAAAGAACAGUUCCUCCAGCCAUAUACGGGGGACACCUGUGGAGGCUGAUGCGUAUAUAAGCGGAAGGCACAUGCUGCCCCUCAAGAGGCUACGGAUGGAGCCUCGGUUCGUCGUCGAGAAGGUCUCAUACUCAGUACAUGUGUCUUCUUGCCCAUAUCGAGCUCAGUCUAAGUGCUGCUCACUACAACUCUUUACGUUAGACAAAAAGCGCACAUAUACGAAUCAUCUUUGUAAUUUACAGUCCCAGAAUCUAGACAGUCAGCGCCAAGGGCUUCAUGCAUACCCAGCGCAGCAAAAUCUGCCUCUACGAGUGCAAAGAGAGCCCAUUUCAAAUUUCGCUUACAGCUCUUCAUUUUUUCGACCGACUGCCUGCCGAUCGUCCUGA